UAUAACAAGUAAGGUUUGCAGAUUGUAACAAGUAUAUCGCUGCAUAUAUCGAUUAGUAGAGUGUAAUACCAUACACAUAGCAGUCCAUCGUAGCGCAACUAUAUACAUAUUACAAAUAGCUCUAAAUAGCUAAAUGUGUAGCAAAACUGUUACACUACAACAUAUGGAUAUAUUGUAAUCAAUGUUAUCUUGUAUCAUGUGUCAGGAAUACCGUUUCAUAUAACAAGUAGUAGAAAUAUUAGUCAGUAUAACAUGUAGGCAGUACCAAGACAGUAUAGCAAACGCAGCAGUGUAGAGAAAAACACAUAUUGGGACAGACAAAGGGGGGAAACCUUGAGUAAGUGGAGGGUAUGAGAGUAAUGCAUCAUUAUGCAUUAACGCAAAACAAAUAUCAGCACAGCAACAAAUAAGAAUAUACAACUAGCACUCUUAGAAAAUACAAUUAUGGAGCUAUAGUAGUAGUAGAAAAGUGUAAGCUAAAUAAGCAUAUACAAACUAAAAGAUCAUACAAGUAAGAUUAUUCUCACAGUUAAUGCAUAAGCACACGAGACAUACCUGUUCGGUUGCGUGCAGAGAACUGUGCAGCCAUGUACGCUUAUGCCGCUUAUAAGCAAUCCUGGCUCCCCACAAUCACUGACCUCACACAAACUGUAUAAAAGCAGCCCAUUGGCACUGCAAAGUUGUAUUCGACUCCAGCUUGCAUUGUGAGUAACUCGUGCACCUCGGUCAGUUUGUGCGUCCGGGGCAGUACGUGCAUCAGUCGAAGUCGUCUACGCUUGUGUGAUGCCAGAACAUCUUCUCCAUAGUUCGCUAGAAGUGAGCAGUCAUUCCCCACGUGCCGUCUUGCAAAGUUCCACUUAGAUGUUAAACCUUCAAUGAGCAGUCUAGCUGUGAAAACUUCUACAACAAUAUGUAUCUACAAUGUGCCAUCUGUCGAGAAGCCUACUUCCUUAGUGCAUCCGCAAGGAGCCGUCACCAGCAAAUGUGUUUGGCGUUGAACGACUACUUCACAUCAGCAGUAGCGAGCAACAAUGACAACAGACGAGAGACACACGAGGCAGCAAUUCAGACACCUCCACAGCAAAUUAAAGCAGUACCCAGUGGCAGUGGCUUGAAAAGAAAACUACCACCUCCAAAGGUGACUAAGCGUCCUGUGACUAGUGUAUUGUCAAGUCCAUCAUCACAUACAAGUUCAACAACAAGGCUGACGUGGUAUUUAAAAAAAGGUCUUCAAUCAGCCAAAGACUAUGUUAUAGAAAAUAAUGAAAACCUCUACAAGGACCUACCGCCAUUUAUUGAAGCUGCUAACGAAGUGGUGCUCGAUAUACUACAAGAUGAGCUGCGUGUCACCAAAUCCCUCAAGUACAACGUCGUACUGGAGGCCGUCUACUGCCAUCCUGAAGGACAUUGCGAACUUAUGAACUUCAAGACCACGUCGAGGCUUAUACACAGCGCCUGUGAUGAGCUACAAGAGCUGCUGAAGAAGGACGCCAGCAAACUGCUUCGUGAGGAGUCUGAAGCGCAGGCGAAAGGCAGUGGAUGGACUUUGCAUGAGGUAAAGAGCCUCACACUUAGACUAAGCAAAUUUUCAUAUGCAUUGCCUGCUGGAAGUGGCUAUCUGCCACUGCCCCCAAAAAUUGCUAAAAGGAAAUGCAUUUUAAAUGUAAAAAACAGCAAUGAUUGUUGUUUCAUGUAUUGUAUAUUAGCCAAAAGUCUACCUAAUAUACGUUAUGACUCAGUGCUUACUGAGCAUAGCUUUAGGGAGUGUGAAACACAUUACAACUUUGAUGGUAUUUCAUUUCCAACGCCCAUUUCACAAAUGAAAAAAUUUGAAAAACAAAACAUCAACACUAGCGUAAACAUCUUCGAACUGGACGAAAAUGCCCAUAUUACACCACUCAGGAUAGUUGAUGAGCAGCAAGACCAUUUUGAUCUCCUUCUCGUUAGAAAUGAUGAAGGAGAGGCUCAUUUUACGUUAAUAUUGAAUUUCACAAAGCUUAUGCAGCCACAAAUUACAAAAGGCAGCAACAAAAUUACAAUCUGUAAAAGGUGUAGCACCUUUAAAGAAAACAGGCGCUGUGUUCCGACACCUCAGCACUGGUUGAGUGAACAUUUAAUGCUCUGUGGAAAAUCAAAACCAAGUGAAGUGAUUUUGCCGGAGCAGCAUAAAAGCAAACUUAGAUUUGUUAGCUACGAGAUGCAAAUUGAAGUACCAAUUGUAGUCACAGCUGACUUCGAAUCAACACUAUAUCCAGUUCCCUCGACAGACAAUGCCUAUCAACGGCACGAGGCGAACUCGUUUGCUUAUAUCGUAGCAAGUAACCUUCCCAAAGAGCUGUUAGAGGAAGCUGAGAUAAACACCUCACCCUACAUACACAGAUCGGAAUCGGCUGCAAAAGAAUUCCUUUUACAAAUGCAGGAGCUAGCUGUAAAAGUGGAAAAGCUGUACACUAAAAAUGUGAGCAUGAUUGCAUUAAAUGAUGAACAACAGAAACAGCAUGAUGAAGCGACAAACUGCGAGCUGUGUGAAAUAGCAUUUGAUGAGACAUUGGUUCAGUCAAGGAAAUGCCGGGACCACGACCAUAUAACAGGUCAGUUUCGUUAUACCUUGUGCUCGUUGUGUAACACCCGCUGUCAACUUCCAAACUUCAUACCAAUAUACUUUCACAACCUUUCUUCAUACGACGAAGCAUUCAUUAUUAAGAACUUGGCAGUAUUACCCAACAGCGAAAUAAAAGUGAUCCCUAGUAAUUCAGAAAGAUUCAUCAGUAUAUCGAUAAAGAUUGGGAGGAUGUGGCUUAGGUUUUUGGAUUCAUUUCGCCUAAUGGCGGACAGCCUUGCGAAUCUCGCUUCGUAUCUCACACCGACGGAACUCGUAGAGUCGUCCAAACUUGUGCCAGAACAGCAUGUGGAGUUGAUUCAAAGAAAAGGGAUUUAUCCCUAUGAUUAUGUAAAAGACUUUGCUGUAUUCAGUGAGGAAGCACUGCCACCACGUGAAAGCUUUUACAAUGCCCUCAAUGACUCGGAAGUUACGGAUGCAGAAUAUCAACAUGCCCAACACACUUGGAAUACAAUGAAAAUGAAAAAUUUUGGACAAUACCAUGAUUUUUAUCUGUUAUUGGAUGUUUGUCUUUUAAUGGACAUAAUUCAAUGCUUUCGCAAAAACUGUGUAGCCACCUAUAACAUUGACUGUUGUCAUUCAUUUACAGCGCCAGGUCUAGCAUGGCAGAGUAUGCUACGUAUGACUGGUGUAACUUUGGAAUUGUUGACGAACUAUGACCAUUUCUUAAUGUUUGAAAGUGCGAUUAGAGGCGGUUUGGUACAAUGCUGCCACCGCUAUGAAAAAGCCAACAACCCACUUUUAGAGAACAGCGAAGACUAUGAUCCAAACAAAGAAACCAAAUACAUGUUGUAUUUGGACUGCAUAAACUUGUAUGGAAGCCAAAUGAAAAAACACCUUCCAACUGGAAAUUUUGAGUUUGUAAAUGAUGUUGAUGAUCUUAAUUGGUCAAACUUACCUGAAGAUUCGCCGUAUGGACUUUUACUAGAAUGUGAUGUCACAGUGCCAGAGCACUUGCACGAUCUAAUGAACGACUUCCCCAUUCUACCAGAACAAAAAGAUGUGGAUAAUCAGGGAAAACUACUUGCUACGCUUGAAGAUAAAAAACACUAUAUCGCUCACUAUACAGUGUUCCAGCAGGCAGUCAAAUUAGGCUUGAAAAUUACAAAAGUUCACAGAGCGUUGCGAUUCUCCCAGUCGCCGUGGAUGGAAAAGUUCAUCGACAAAAACACCACAUUAAGAGCUGAAUCUACGAAUGAGUUUUCCAAAAAUUUCUACAAGUUUAUGAAUAAUAGUGUGUUUGGAAAGACGUUAGAAAACGUGCGCAAUCGUGUAGAUAUUAGAAUAGUAACUUCUGAUGAAGCGUUCCAGAAGCUGUCACGUCAAGCAAGAUUUGUUGACAGAAGCAUUAUCGCUGAUGGUGUGAUCGCGGUACAUUUAAGAAGACAAAAGGUAGUAUUAAACAAGCCAGUCUAUGUUGGUUCAGUAGUUCUCGACAAAGCAAAAGUUCAUAUGAACUGGUUUCAUUAUAUGGUUAUGAAGAAAAAACUAGCUCCGCCAGACUUUGAAGUGUAUGUUAACUAUUCUGAUACUGAUUCUCUAUUAUAUACCAUAAUUACCAAGUUAAACCUAAAUAAUGAAUUGAAGGAAAGAUUGGGAGAUGUACUGGAUAGGUCAUGCUAUCCCAAGGAGCAUGAGCUGUGGCUGGAAGGAGCGAUUCCUCAAAUAGGCACAUUUAAGGAUGAAUGCAAAGGAAGACAGCUAUUUGAGUACGUAGGAUUGCGUUGUAAAAUGUACUGCUACAGGUUCAACUCCAGCCAACAGACAACGGCAAAGAAAAAGUGUAAGGGAAUAAGCAAACGCUAUGUCGAAAACAAAAUUUCAUUUGAUCACUACAAGAAGGCACUGUUUGAAGAUAAACAGUACAGAGCGACAUUUAACCAGAUAAGAAGCAAGACAUUUCAACUCACCUCUAGAACAGUUGAUAAACUCUCUCUGUCAGCCAAUGAUAACAAACGCAUAGUGUUGCAGGACAAAAUUAGAACUUUGGCGUAUGGGCAUUAUCGAGCUCGUCAAAAUGACGAUGGAGGAUCGUCAGAAUAUGAUUGUAGUCAGUCUUAGCUCGAUGGUUGAUCAGCACUCUUUAGGAGUAGUCAGAAUGUUGUAUUCAUUGAGUAUGGAUGCCGUUGCCCGUACUAUUCCAUAUGAAAAAGAAUACGAAAGAAUCGAGGAUAUCGAAAUGUUUUCGAUACUCCCUUCCCUCAUGCACACAGAGUUGAGAAGCUCUAUUAAACGGACUUGGAUAAAAACUACAACAGUCAACAGAGAUUUAAUAAAAAGUUAUGAGUUUAGAGAUAUCGACUUUAUGCAAAUUGAUAGUUAUCAGUUUGUCAUGCUCAUGAACCAUCCUCUGGAGGAACCAGAGUUUUGGAGUCGAAAUUACUAUGGUAAUAAUUGUCAUAUAAAUGUGGACUACUAUGAAACAAUACAAACAGAACGUCCUAUGAAGUAUUGUCGAGGCUGCUUUUUUAACCUUUUUACACUAAAAGACGAUAAUGAUAUUGACUAUCAAAGUUAUUGGCACGAAAAGGGGUUGGCAUUUGUACAUGUUGUACAGCAUUUUGAAGUUAACUCUAACAGGCUAAUUGAUGCAGUGGUUAAACAAGAAAAUAACUGGUGUGACUACUGUGUAUUUCGACCAUUGUUUACAUUUCUAAACUACUUUGACUGUAGAGACAAUAACAACAUGUUACAUGAUAGUGAUGAAGACAGCCCCGCAUCUCCAGUGACAAUGUUUAACCGUACAGAACUUUAUGAUCCGUAUAGAGAGUGACAUACGCUAGUCCAGCAUAUUUGAACAAUGAGGCUGUUGGUCAAGUUUUGUUUUUUUUUUUAACCAUACAAUUUCACGUUUACUGUGUUUGUUUUUUGCGUUUCUGUUUAUAUAUUAUGUUUUAUUGUAAACCCUAGCUAUUGUAAAAUAAUUUGAUGAACUCAUGCCUUUUUGUUGUCUAUACUCUAUAAGAGUUGUUUAUCUACUUGAGAACUGAAUUCUAGUAGUAUAUAGCUAAAAUAUAACUUAAUAACAUGAUAUAACAAAGUAAGAUAAUGCUUAGCAUUAUGAUAUUUAACACAUGUAUAUUAUUGUGCACAUUUCAUGAAUAUUUUGUAAUGUACUAACAACCUUUUUCGAUCUGUAUUUGUUUUACUAUUACAUGUUUACUAAU